AGGUGGAAGAAGUCUUCGAGUGGAAACAUACGGGAGGAGGGAGUUCAAAGAUCAUGACUUGGACCACGGCCAAGGCUAUCGAUCACCACCUUUCAUGACUUCACCCAUGAAUGGCUUCACAUUUAUACCCUGAGAAGGCUGCAUCCUGAUCAUAGACCCCAUUUUAUUCUUUCCGAAGCCUUGUUGCACGAAUUACAGCAAACUAUAGGAGGAGUGCUAGAGAUUGAGAUACAGAGUGAUGGAGGAGAAGAUGGACAGCAAGAGUGCCGGGGGUGAGCAAGAGGUAGUACGAGAAGAGGAGGAUGUCGUGCUUCCAGGAUUCCGGUUCCACCCCACUGAUGAGGAGCUCGUUGGGUUUUAUCUCCGUCGGAAGGUGGAGAAGAAGCCUCUCAGUAUAGACAUGAUCAAGGAGAUAGAUAUCUACAAGUAUGAUCCAUGGGAUCUUCCAACUAGCACUGCCGGAGGGGAGAAGGAAUGGUACUUCUUCUGUCUGAGGGGAAGGAAGUAUAGGAACAGCAUAAGGCCCAAUAGGGUGACUGGUUCUGGGUUUUGGAAGGCGACCGGCAUCGACAGGCCGAUAUACUCUGCAGGCGACGCUGGUGAAUGCAUCGGCCUGAAGAAGUCUUUGGUUUACUAUAGAGGAAGUGCAGGAAAAGGCACCAAAACUGAUUGGAUGAUGCAUGAGUUCCGCCUUCCAGCUAGUGGCAAGAACGAUGACAUUUCUCCAAGCGCCCAGGAAGCUGAAAUAUGGACAAUAUGUCGAAUCUUCAAAAGGAAUAUUUCCUGCAGGAAAUAUCCACAAGAUAUGAAAGCGUCAACUAGCAAGCAAAUGCCAACUGACUCAGGUUCCAAAACAAGCAGCUUUGAAUCUGAUACCGGAGACGAAUACAAGUGCUUCGGUUCCUCGAGCAUUCCGCAAGGCGAAAUGAAGUUGAUUCCUAGUUACUAUGAAGAAAAGAACCAGUUACUUGCUGGCCAAUGGAACUCAGCAGCUCAGGCUCCCUUAGCAACAUUGCAUCCAAACAUUCCGAAUAUGAGCACGAUUGAGUUCUUCAAAGAUAGCAACUGGGAUGAGCUUGGAAGGAUAAUGGAGUUCAUGCCGGAUCCAAGCGCCGCUCAUGAGUGUGGAUACACUUAAACAGCUAAAAUGUUUCUUCUUUCUAAUCCCAUAUGUGAUACUUAAGAUAACACUACAGAGUAAUUAUUAAGUACCUCAGCUCGACUGCGGUACUCAUAUUGGACUAGGCUGACAGUUCUACGCCAGGUUCUAAAAUAAGGAUAUGUAUGGGAAUUCUACCUGUAUGAACAUAUAGUUUUAAGGUGUUGCUGUGGGGCCAAUCAGUUUAAUAGAAAGGAAAGAUAUUGGAUUGUUCUUAAUUAAUUUUGUUUGAUUGCUUCUUUUUUUUCUUUGAGGAACUUGGUGAAUGGAAUGGAAUUCUCAUAUUCUGAUGUUGAUCAAAUGAUUGCUCUCAUCUUUUCUACAUAUUUCAUUUGUAU